AAUUGGCUUAAGAGUAUAAUUGUCAUGAGAUUAUUGUGUAGAUACCAUUAGACAAUUAUUAUUUCUAUGAGGGGCAGAAAUAUAAUUGUGAUAAAAUUAAAACUGCCCUAGCAGUUUAUAAAUAGGGUUAUGGUCCCCAUUCUACGACUACGCAUUCCAAUUUCUGAAAAUCCUCUCAGAGAAAAAUUGACACAGAAUUUAGUGGCUAGAAUUGGAAGACCAUCUCAAAGGGUUUUCUUCCUAUAAGGUUUCUCCUUCAAUGGAUUCAGGUAUGCUUCCGCUAUUAUUUUUCUACUCAUUGUUUUUAAUCAGGAGAUUCCAGUAUAUAUGAAAUUAGGGUAUUCACCCUGUUAAAUAUUCCAAUAUAUAUGAAAUUAGGGUAUUUACCUUGUUAACUAUUCCAGUAUAUAUGAAAUUAGGGUAUUCAUUUUGGUUGAUUUUAACAAGACUAUUCCAGUAUAUAUGAAAUUAGGGUAUUCAUCUUGGUUGAGUUCUAACAAGUGGUAUCAGAGCCUACUCCUUGAUUAAUUCUUUGAGUUAUUAUUUUAAUAUAUAUAUAUAUAUAUAUAUAUAUAUGUCAAUGGAUUAAGAUUUAUGAAAUAUUGAGUUGAUAAAUUUUUUAUUAUUAUUAGUAUUAUUAUUAUUAUUAUUAUUUAAUAGCAUUUUAUGAUAUUAAUAUUUAAGUUAUUGAUCUAGCAUUUUAAAUAGGCUAAUUAAAGCGGAAAAUCACCAAAGUGACAUCUUCCGUGUAGAUUAGUCUGUUCGGGGUGUUAGAUAUUUGUGUGUAUGUGAUUCAUGCGGGUAUUGACUGGCCCAAAGGAAAGUUAAUAUUUGGUCAAAUUGCAUACAUACUUGUGGUGAUAAAUAUGUGAUGAUUAUAAAGGUAACUUAAAUAAUAAAUCAAUCCAAAGAUAGAUUUAUUAUUUGACAUAACUUAUCAUCAAUGUUUGAUCACUACAACAAGAGUACCACUUACAGUUAAUAUUACUGUCCAAAGACUUGAUAUUAAUGUUGUGCUAGGUAUCUUGAAAUGUCAUAAUUUGCUUUUAAAUUUAAAGAUUAUGUGUUUAAUUGCUUAUUUUAUGUGAGCAUGAUGGUUUAUUUGAUUCAUUUUAUUUUGUUCUCAAUUCAGCUUUUAUAUCAACUACUUCUAUAUCUGUCAACAUCAAUAAUGUCCCUAUGUUAAAUGGGACUAAUUUUAAGGACUGGAAAGAGAAUAUGAUGAUUCUCUUAGGCUGCAUGGAUAUAGACUUGGCCUUGAGAAUGCCCAAACCUGAUGAACUCAAUGAGCAAAGUACUCAAGAGGAUGAGGUUUAUUGGGGUAAGUGGGAACGUUCAAAUAGGCUAAGUCUUAUGAUCAUGAAGCGCGGCAUUCCAGAAGCUUUCAGGGGUGCGGUAACCGAUGAGGUUACUAAUGCCAGUGACUUCCUUGCGGAAAUUCAGAAACGUUUUGCCAAAAACGAUAAGGCUGAAACGAGCACGCUUUUAGCAAGCUUGAUUUCAAUGAAGUAUAAAGGCAAGGGUAAUGUUCGGGAGUACAUCAUGGAGAUGUCUCAUCUUGCUUCAAAACUUAAGGCUUUGAAACUCGAGUUAUCUGAUGAUUUACUCGUGCAUUUGGUUCUCAUAUCUCUUCCUGCACAAUUUAAUCAAUUCAAGGUCAGUUAUAACUGUCAAAAGGAUAAAUGGACUCUUAAUGAGCUCAUUUCAUUCUGUGUGCAAGAGGAAGAGAGAUUGAAGCAAGACAAGACCGAAAGUGCUCAUCUGGCUAGCAUUUCCAAGGAUAAGGGCAAACGAAAGAAUAAGGAUAAUAAGGUUGCUGCUUCUAAUGGUCCAGAACAAAAGAAACAGAAAGUUGAGGUAACAUGUUUCUUCUGUAAUAAGCCUGGACAUACUAAGAAGGAAUGUACCAAGUAUGCUGCUUGGCGUGUUAAGAAAGGGUUGUCUGAGUUACCGAAAACCAAGUGAUGCUGAAAGAUGCAUCUAUGUCGGAGACGGUCAGUCGGUAGAAGUAGAGGCAAUAGGGCACUUUAGAUUAUUAUUGAAAUCUGGUUAUUUUUUGGAUUUAAUAGAUACUUUUAUUGUACCGUCUUUCAGACGGAAUUUAA